CUCUGGUAGGAGAAGAAAAAAAAAAAAGAGGGGGGGAGGGUGGUGGGGGUUUCUUCAGGGGCUUUCGCUCUGCGCUGCUCAGGAUCACUGUGGGUUUUUGCAGACAUGGAGGCAGAUGGGAGCCAAGCUACCUCUGGAAGCCCAAACGACUCCCAACACGACCCUGGUAAAAUGUUUAUUGGAGGCCUGAGCUGGCAAACCUCACCAGAUAGCCUUAGAGACUAUUUUAGCAAAUUUGGAGAAAUUAGAGAAUGUAUGGUCAUGAGGGACCCUACCACAAAACGUUCCAGAGGCUUCGGUUUCGUUACGUUUGCUGAUCCGGCAAGUGUAGAUAAAGUAUUAGCUCAGCCCCAUCAUGAAUUAGAUUCCAAGACGAUUGACCCUAAAGUUGCAUUUCCCCGACGAGCACAGCCUAAGAUGGUCACAAGAACAAAGAAAAUAUUUGUAGGUGGAUUAUCUGCUAAUACAGUAGUGGAAGAUGUAAAGCAAUACUUCGAACAGUUUGGCAAGGUAGAGGAUGCCAUGCUUAUGUUUGACAAGACUACCAACAGGCAUAGAGGAUUUGGCUUCGUAACUUUUGAAAAUGAAGACGUGGUGGAAAAAGUCUGUGAGAUUCAUUUUCAUGAAAUCAAUAAUAAAAUGGUAGAAUGUAAGAAAGCACAACCUAAAGAAGUGAUGUUUCCACCAGGGACAAGAGGAAGGGCACGAGGAUUACCAUAUACCAUGGACGCUUUUAUGCUAGGGAUGGGAAUGUUGGGUUAUCCGAAUUUUGUUGCGACAUAUGGCAGAGGAUAUCCUGGAUUUGCCCCAAGUUACAGCUAUCAGUUCCCAGGUUUUCCGGCAGCGGCCUAUGGACCAGUAGCAGCAGCAGCGGUGGCAGCAGCAAGAGGAUCAGGGAUCCCCGAUUAUGGUUUCUAUUCUUCGCCCGGUGACCAACGGGCCCCGUUAUCGUACGCGGACUAUGGUUCCAUGGGGCCUCGAGUGGCUCAGAUGCUUCGUAGUGAGCACGCUGCUUCAGCGAGUAACUCCCCCCUCCACCACCUUCCCAGCCCGGAUCAGUUUAAGAGCCCAGUCUUGAAUAGCUACAGUGCUCAACCGAAUUUUGGCGCACCCGCUUCCCCGGCAGGCUCCAAUCCAGCCCGGCCAGGAGGAUUUCCAGGGGCUAACAGCCCAGGUCCAGUCGCAGACCUCUACGGUACAGCCAGUCAGGACUCCGGUGUUGGUAAUUACAUAAGUGCUGCCAGUCCUCAGCCAGGCUCUGGCUUUGGCCAUGGAAUUGCUGGACCUUUGAUUGCAACGGCUUUUACAAAUGGAUACCAUUGAAACGUUACACAUGGUUGGUUGCCAUCUCACUUUGAGAGUAUAUCUGGAUGUCCAGGCAAGACAGGGCGAAGUUUCUGAAUGGUCCCAUGUUCAGGUGAUAUCAUCAGACUUUGAGCACUACAUCAUCACCAAUAACAUAAAUAAACUGGAGGUGGCACUCUAUGGACUUAGGUUGUUUAAAAUCUCUCUCAUCAUCUCAUGAAUCUGCUGUACUAUAAAAACAGCUUUUAAAAUAUGUAUAUAUAAUCCAUUUCUCUUUUGUUUUAUUUUCUUGAUGGGUUCCCCCCCCUUAAAUCUAUUUGAAUCACAUUUUUUCAAAGCAUUUGACAUACUCUCUUAGUCAUGUAGUUCUAAUUUGUGUAUCUAGUAAAAGCCUAACCAUAGUGUAACUGUUUAUAUUAAGGGGUUUUCUUUUCUUUUUUCCUUCCUUUUUACUUUUGUUUUAUGUAGUUGUUGCUUAAAGGAUGCUGGGAUGAUAACAUGAGUCUCAGUCUUUUGGUACCAAUUCUGAAACUGUAAAAACUUUUCAGGUGGAAUUUUAGCACACACUGAAUUAGAAGUAGAGCAAGAGCAGCGGGUGAGCUGAAGUCAAGUUUCUAGUUUGCGUUGUAUGGGAGCUGAGAGGGUAGCUGAAUAGCAGGAUCUCUAGCCGUUCUUUUGAUUUGUGACGUCUUUGUUAACCUAAUUAUAUCUAUUUUCGGCAAUAAGGUAAGGACUGCAAAAUUUUUUGUGUCCUUCUUUUUCUAUAAGUGCUUUUUUUGGUUGAAAGAGGUGAUAUAAGGUUUUUUGAAAUUGUGAAUUCUGGAAAAAAAAAAAAAAAACUGUAAAUACAAUUCCAUUAACUACAUAUAAACUAUUAAGAAAGAGAAAGAGAAAUACAAAAUAUUUUUGUGAUGGAGUCAGUCUAAGGCAGUUUCUCUACUAAAUGGAAGAAAAAAAGUUUUAAACGUUUAGAUCAACUGCCAGAGCUGGCCCAUAAGAGUUAGAUUAACACUGUUUAGCUUGCUCUGUAGGUGUGUUAGACCUUAUAACUGUACUAGCGUCAUACCAGCAUAUUAACUAGUCAUAUGUGCACAGCUUAAAAGGUAACCGUUUAGUUAUAUUUUUUAAUUUAAGAACGGCUUUUUCCCAAGACUGAAAAAGAAGCUACAAUUUUAAUAUUUAAAGUAUUUAAAGUUUGAAGCACACCUUUAUUAGUCAUUAUUUUAAAUUAGAUCAACUUGCUGUCCAGUCAUUUCAGCUGCUCUGCAUGUCUUAUAAAGCUCUGACAGAGAGGAGAUUCCUCUUCAGUGUCCAACAUGCCAUAGGAAGAGCAGUGUUCAAGCUUGCAUUAUACCUUUUAUCCAUUAUUUUCUAUAUUAACAAAUUAGGAAAGCAACCUUUUUAUUGUUUGUUUGUUUGGAAUACCUCAGUGCUACAAGUAUCACCCUAGAAGCGACAGAAGAUUUUAAUUUAUUGUAGAUGUAAACAGAAUUAAAAAAUAUAAAAAAGUAUAAAACAUCAUUGCACUGUGACUGGUAGGGGGAAAAACUGACAGUUUCCUAUUUGCACAUGUUUAAUAUUUGGCUGUUAUAUAUAUGGUCCUCUGUUGGGGGAGGAAACUUAUGAAGGAUAUUUUUUAAUUUAAUUUUUUUAAUAUUGGUAAAUAGGCCUGCAACAGCAAAAUAGAAGUACAACAUGGUAGGUGGCAUUAAGAACAUACUGUAGUAUGGAUAUAUUUCUUCUUUUUUUAACGUAAUAUUGACAAGUUUUAUUAAUAUUUUUUUAAAUUGUUACGUUUAUAAAUUUGGUACUUUAGGUACAGCCAGUAUAAGACACUGAAUGCGACAUUUGUUAAAAAGAGCUGCUGCACUCCUAUUUUUGUAAAUUUUACUAACAAGUAGACUAAUGUAGACAUUCAAUAGACCAGGUAGAGCAAGGCAUCUUUAAAAAAAACAAGGCAUCAUAAUGCUAUCUGAAUGGGAAAAAAAACCUUGUUUUUCUUGUUUUUAAAAACGAAAUCAUGCUUUUUUUGUGUAAUAUUUUAGGUUGGUUUUUUUUGGUUUUUUGGUUUUCUUAUUUCAGAACAACCAGGUUUAAGCAAAAUGCUGGACGCUUUUUAAAUAUUGAGACUUGAUCAAGUAAUAAAAUAACAGUUC